GAACCCCCCAUUUUAGUUCGUUGCAGGAAUCCAAAUAUCUACGUACAGUCCACCGCAUAUAAUCAGCGAACGAUUUAUCCGUAUCUCGUUAUCAAGAAUAACGUAACCCUGAACUCGUCUUAAGCGUACGUUUGUGUCUCCUCUAACCCCGUAAAAAAAACACACGUAGUGCUCCGCCUCCCUCCUUGAUCCACGCCGGGAACUUUACGUAUUUUCCUUUUGCGAAUGAGGACUGCCUCCUCUGGUGUGGCGGUGGGUUUCCGUUCUGUUAAGCGGCAGGCUCCGGCUCUGUUUUGCAGAAAUCCGAGCUGAAAAAAAACACACACGGGGAAAUUACUUUGUCGUUUGUUUGUUUUUUGAGGGUUUAUUUUUGAUUUUAGGACUAUUUACAAAGUGUUUUGUCACAUGCGCUGGAUCAUAUAUGACUCGUUAAGUCAAGCGAAAACGUAGUAAUUGACAUUUAAAGGCCUUUAUUGAAAUAAAAAAAGGAUGUCGAAGCGCUUGCGGAGUAGUGAGGUUUGCGCUGACUGCAGCGUUCCGGCAGCUGUGGAUAUUGGUACGGUUGCUGAGAGACACAAAUCUACUGGCAAUACUGACCUUCGAAGCAAAAAAGACCCUCGCUGGGCCUCUGUUAACCGUGGAGUGCUAAUCUGUGAUGAAUGCUGCAGCGUACAUAGAAGCUUGGGACGGCACAGCUCACAGGUGCGGCAUCUAACACACACGCCCUGGCCUGCCACACAGCUACAGAUGGUGCAGACGUUGUAUGGUAAUGGUGCAAAUUCAAUAUGGGAACAUUCCCUUCUGGAUCCUGCAUCAAUAAUGAGUGGCAAGCGUAAGGCCAACCCACAGGAUAAAGUACACCCAAACAAAGCAGAGUUUAUAAGAGCCAAAUACCAGAUGCUGGCAUUUGUCCAUCGGAUGCCAUGUCGGGAAGAGGACAGUGUUACAGCCAAGGACCUUAGUAAGCAACUUCAUUCAAGCGUUCGGACUGGGAACCUGGAGACGUGUUUGAGGUUACUUUCCCUUGGAGCUCAGGCAAACUUCUUUCACCCAGAGAAAGGAAACACUCCCCUUCAUGUUGCAGCAAAAGCUGGGCAGAUUUUACAAGCUGAGCUUUUAACUGUGUACGGUGCCGAUCCUGGGGCUCCAGAUGCUAGUGGCAAAACCCCAAUUGACUGUGCAAGGCAAGCAGGGCAUCAGGAUCUUGGAGAUCGGUUGGUUGAAAUCCAGUAUGAGCUCACUGACAGGCUAGCAUUCUACCUCUGUGGGAGAAAGCCGGAUCAUAAAAGUGGACAGCACUUUAUAAUUCCUCAAAUGGCAGACAGCAGUCUCGACUUAUCUGAAUUGGCGAAAGCUGCUAAGAAAAAGCUCCAGUCUCUAAGCAAUCACUUAUUUGAAGAAUUGGCCAUGGAUGUCUACGAUGAAGUUGAUAGAAGGGAGACCGAUGCAGUGUGGCUAGCAACACAGAACCACAGCACCCUAGUAACCGAGACUACAGUCGUGCCUUUCCUUCCUGUGAACCCAGAAUACUCCUCAACAAGGAACCAGGGGAGACAGAAACUUGCAAGGUUCAAUGCUCACGAAUUUGCAACCCUUGUAAUUGAUAUUUUAAGUGAUGCCAAACGUCGACAACUAGGAAGCUCUGUUUCAAGCCCUAAAGAAAACGUAGAGCUGAUACUGAAGAACAUAGGCAGCCGCCAUGGAAGUGAAAGUCAGGACAACGACCAGCCUGAUUACGACAGCGUGGCGUCGGAUGAGGAUACUGAGCUGGAGCCGUCAUCGGUGAAAACAAACCGGGCCAAGAGCGUGGACUCGGACUUGUCAGAUGGGCCAAUCACAGUGCAGGAGUUCAUGGAGGUUAAAAACGCGCUGACGGCAUCAGAAGCAAAGAUUCACCAGCUAAUGAAAGUGAACAGCAACCUGAGUGAUGAACUGAGGCUGAUGCAGAAAAAGCUGCAAACGCUGCAAAGCGAGAACACUGCUCUCAGGCGGCAGGUUACAACCAAAAUCUAUCAGGUCCCGACUGGUUCAGAAUACCCAGACCCCUCCAGCCCUUCAUCCCUGAAGCGGCGUCCGUCUGCAAGAGGCAGCCGGCCCAUGUCUAUGUAUGAGACUGGCUCUGGUCAGAAGCCCUUUCUCCCAAAGGGAGAGGUCACCUACCCAGAAGAGGGUAUAGCCAGACUGCAGCCCUUCCCACCACAUAUUGGAAGGAGUGCUUUCGUGACCUCCUCUUCAUCUCUCCCUUCCUUCCCUUCCACACUCUCCUGGUCGCGGGAUGAGAAUGCACGAAGGGCCUCUAAACUGGAAAAGCAAAGCAGCAUGCCGGACAGCGAUUAUGACAACACACCCAAUGACUCUGAACUGGAUGAUACAGGAUGCAAUCGAAAGGGCAAGCUGAGAACUAGCGGGUGGCAUGGAGAGGGCUCCAUCCCUGAGCUGGAGCAGGACCCGGAAGCAGAGCCUGACUCCACCCUGCCCAGUACAGAGGAUGUCAUCCGGAAAACCGAGCAGAUCACCAAGAACAUUCAGGAGCUACUGCGAGCCGCACAAGAGGACAAACAUGACAGACCUAAUGAGCGCGAGAGCCUGCGAAAGCUCAGGCACAGUCUCGGCUGUUUCAGUACCCUGGUUCCAUGGGCCGACAAAACUCCUUCCCUGCAUUCUCUCAGCCUACACCAGCCCGACUCUGCCUCCUGUUUUAUACCAUGUUCAGAAAGAAUACACAUCGCUGUAACCGAGAUGGCUGCCCUCUUUCCCAAGAAGCCGCGGUCGGAGAUGGUCCGAACUUCACUCAGGCUGCUGACUUCAAGUGCUUAUCGUCUGCAGUCGGAGUGCAAGAAGACCCUGCCUGUGGAGAGCGGUCCAGACGCCGACAUGCAGCUGGUCACCCAGCAGGUCAUCCAAUGUGCCUAUGACAUCGCCAAGGCAGCCAAGCAACUGGUCACCAUCACCACCAAAGAGAACAGCAACUGACACCACUGCGGGGGGGGGGGGGGGGGUCCUGUUGAGUUCCCUUAUCACUUGGUUAAGAUUUUAUUAUUAAUUUUCAUAUUUAAAUAAAUAACAAGUGGAGGCAUUUUUAAUUUUUUUUUCCAGGUUUCUAUCAGUAUUAUUAUUAUUAUUAUUAUUAUUAUUAUUAUUAUUAUUAUUAUUAUUAUUUGCAUGUUUUUUUUUAUUUAAAUAAUACUAAUAAUAAUAAAAACCUUCCCAGAAAACAUAGCCAGAUACCUUACUACAGCAAUACCUGUGGUUCCAUUUUGGACUUUCUGUGUUCAUCACUUGCUACCAUUUCAGUAUCUUGUAAUGAUAAGCUCCAAUAAUUAAGUAAACGUAGAUUUCAGUUUAGUUUUAAUGCUGUUUAAAUGACCGCACAACUCAACCGUUUCUACUAGUGUAUUUACAAGAACACAUGCUUUAGACUUUUCUUUGUCUGUCAGUAAUUGGUUGAAACCGUGUAACUUAAACUUCUCUGACCUAAAGUGGUUCCCCUAAAACAUAUACCUUCUCACAGCCUUCUGAAGCAGGCUCAUUGAGGCAUUGUUGGGAGUCUGCCUUGAAACCUCUUCUUAAGGAUAAAAGUCAAUGGUGUGAUAUAACUAGCAGGAUGUGAAUGGAUUUACCAGCAUGCAAAACAGCCUUUUAAUGGAUUGAACAAUGUGCAAACAAGGGACUAAAAAAAAGUCUGAAGUUUUAAAAGCUGAUCUGGUUCAAUCGUGUAAUUAUUUGAAGGGACAGUAAAUAAAACAAAAAGGGAAUUAACCAAGAACGGUUACUGCCUUGGGACAAGCAAGCUUUCAAAGAACGUUUUCAGUGAUUUUUAGAAUUUAUUUAAUUUAGUCUAGAUCAUUCACUCUAGAUAUUGAACCCUGAUCACCUUUACUUUUGAGCUUAUCAACGGAUAACCCCUCAGCUCCAAAGUAUACAGUGUAGGAUUGAAAAUGAGCCAGUUUAAUAUCAAAUGCAGCACCCCGUAGUGGUUGCACCAGUACUAGAAGUCAGCCCUUCGGAAGAUUGCUGCUGUGGAGAGAAUCCAUGAACAGCCCUUGGUGCCAAUCAGAAAGCUGCUUUCCCAGGCGCUGACAUCACUGUAUUCUAAUUCACAGGUAUUGUUUGAUUCUGUUCUGAUUUCAGUGCCAUCAGUUGGUUUGUAUUCUGUCCGGAACUGUGAAACUAAAAGCCAUAUCCCAGUGGUAUUACAGCACUGAUAUACCUCAUGCGUACCACCUUGGGAGCUAAACCACAAACACCUGUUUCUCUGUAACAUUCGGGUCCCUGCCAUCUUUAAAAUAAACCAUGCUGUCUGUUUGCAGAUUUGCUAAGAUUUGUUCUGUAUCAUUUGAGCAACUGAAUUCCAUCUCUGCCUCUUGUACUCUCACCUAUAGAAAAAAUAAGAAAUGUCCUGCAUUACAUGCUAUGACAUUUCCCUAAUACCAUAAGAUUAUUUGAAUUUCCAUCCUACAGGGUUCAUAUUUUUUAUAUAAUAUUUUUCCCUUAAAAUAUUUUUUAAAUGCACUUAAGUCUACAGUAACAGUAGCUCAUCUACCUAUUUGACAUAUUACCUGAAAAACUGGUUACUUGGUUACCAUCUGUCAAUUAAAAUCAGAAAUAACAGUAGCUUCAUGUGUUAUUUUAAUAUCAUUUGCUACUUUCCAUUUAGUUUUUUAUAAUGUUGUCAAUUUAUUAUUCAGAGCCAUGUUGUUCCAAUAUUGCGUUUUUUUCAUUCCCCCCCCGUGUCUGUUUCUAGUAAGUUUUUUCAGCUCAAUUCACUGGUUCUGUGGACUGAUAACUUCUCAGGCAUUUCAUGUGAUGUUGUGAUCUAUGGCUCCAUCUGUUCUAUAGUAUAGUACGAUUUAGUUUCCAGUCACAAAUGUGCCGUUUGUCUGUGAGAACGGCUAAAUGCCACCGAUGACACUGUGUACCUGAUCAUCUUUACCCGAUCACUUACGUGGUGUUAGCCUUUUUUUUGUUUGUUGGUGCCAUACUCUACACAGCAUUUUACUGUGGUGUGCUGAGAUCCUUUCUGCAACCAGGUUACUUCAGUAUCAAAUGUCUUUUUGUUGCUGCUAGAAUAUCAGUUUGUCCUGUAAGUAACAGGUAGGGUGAGCCUUUUAUUUUUUAUUUUAUUUUUUUCCCCCCAUAAAGCUAACGGUCUAAAGCAGGUGCAGACCCUUCAUUCUCAGUGUUAUACUUGAAACUCAACAGUUGUUUGUUAAAUGUCUUGUCGUCUACAAUGCAAUGUGGGCAGGUAUUCAUGUACGUUACAGCCAUUGGAUAAACUCGCCUUUCUUUAUAAAAUUGUAUUUAUAACUGUAGCCUGACAUUUGUUUUUAGCCUUUAUUGUAAAAAUUAUUGUAUCUGCUUUUUAUGUGUUGUUUUUUUUGUGUUUUUUUUCUUGCCUGCUGAUUAUGUAAUAAACCAGGCUUUAAAUUA